GGAAGCAACUGCUCCGCAGCUGUUUGGGAGGCGACUCGAGCAUCGAACCAGCACUGCGAGCCUUCGAGCAUGGCGCCGAAGAAGGGCAGCAAGCGCGCCACCUCCACCCCGGCCGCGGCUGGCCGCGCGGGCAAGGCGUCGAAGCCGACGCCGCAGGAGGAGCAGCUGCAGGCUGUGGCGCAGGCCCUCGAGAUCGCCGGGCUGCCCGACGGCUGCCGCGAGAUGCUGCUGGCGGUGCUCCCGCUGAGCCUGGGCAUGCCCGCGGACGCGCGCCACGCCGUGCAGGACCGCGUCGCCGACAUGAUCGGGGAGUCCCUGUCGAGGGCUCUCUCCGACAAGAGCGCGGCCGCGCUGAAGGCCAGCGAGGAGGCGACAGUAGCAGAAGGCCGUCAGGGCGAGCUGCAGGCGGCGCAGGCGGCGGCCGACAGCGCUCAGGAGGACAUGGCCAAGGCCGCGCAGGAGAAGAAGGCCGCCCUCGACUCGGCCGACGCCGCCCUGGCCGAAGCGAGGGCGGAGGCGGCCAAGAAGGCGGAUGAGGAGCAGGCCGCGAAGAUGGCGGAGGCGGCGAAGAAGGCCGAGUGCGACGACUUUGUUGCCCUGGUAGCCGAGCACCUUGGACCCCUGAAGGACGGCACGUGGGACGAGGGGAUGCUGAAUGGGCAGCAGCGCGUCGAGCAUUUGCAGCCUGCGCUCCAGAAGGCAGACCUCGACGCCUCGGUGACGGCCUCCCUGGGCAUCUCGGGCUCCAAGAAGGCUUCCGAGCGCAGCGCCUUCGACAACAUGGUCCUCGAGCAGGUCGCCACCAGCCUGCAUGAAAAGGCCACCGCCCUCCGCAGGGAGCUCGAAGAGAAGGGACCAGGCCUGGUCGAGGCGGCCGCGGCCACGGCGGCGCAGGCCUCGGUGGUAGAGAAGGUGGAGAAGGCGGCGCAGGAGUGCAAGGCCGCCUCCGAGCAGGCCCUGGCCCAGCUCCACGAGAGCGAGGCCAAGUCCAGGGCCGCCGCGCAAGAGCUGAAGGCGUUCUCCGCGGAGGCCAAGCGGGCCGCGAAGGCCUCGGAGGCGGCCCGCAGCGACCUGGAGCUCUUCAAGAUGGGCCCCCUCGCGGCCUUCGAGACGCUCAAGAACUUCAGCUCCAAGAGCGAGGAGGCGGCGAAGGCGGCCACGGCGGCGGCGGAGGAAACCGCCGUGUCCGUCACCGUCGGCGGCGCCUGA